AUGUGGCACGACCACACUUCUAAACUAGUGCUUCCCAACGGGGGCUCUACAGCCCUCGAGGGGGCGUUACAAAACACCAUGUUUCAGUCCCAGAAACUGCAGGUGUGCUACUUAUAUGGCGCCCCGCUGAGUGAGCUGUCUCUCUCCUCCUCUCUGGCCGUGGUGGCUGUCUCCUUCUCUGGCCUCUUCACCUUCAUCUUCCUCAUGCUGGCCUGUCUGUGUUGCAAGAAAGGUGACAUCGGAUUCAAGGACUUUGGGAAUGCAGAGGGCGAGGAGUUCCAUGCUGCUGUUCUAGAAUGUUCUAUAGUUCCAUUGAUCCCAGAGGGGGAGGAGUUCCAUGCCGAGGAGUUUGAGAAUGCAGAAGGCGAGGAGUUCCACGCGGAGGUGUCUACGCUGGCAUCGCCGGCCUCCCAGAGUGGGGGACCUGAGGUCUACGUGCUGCCUCUCACGGAGGUCUCCAGACCCCUCAACAAGCAGCCAGGACGAGCAGUUCAGCUGGUGAAGUCUUCAGAUGUUGGUCGCCACAAUCUGCUCUACAUCAAGGAAAUCGGCCAUGGCUGGUUUGGAAAGGUUCUACUGGGUGAGGUGACUGGGUGUGGGGGAGGAGGGAGCUCCAGGCAGGUGGUGGUGAAGGAGCUGAAGACCAGCGCCACCCGACAGCAACAGAUACGCUUCUUAGAAGAGGCCAAGCCAUUCAGAGGUCUUCAGCAUCCUGCAUUGCUGCAGUGUGUUGCCCAGUGUACUGAGGCCUCCCCCUACCUACUGGUCAUGGAGUUCUGCCCCCUGGGUGAUGUGAAGGGCUACCUGCGUAGCUGUCGUGCGGCCGACAGCGUGACCUCCAACCCGCCGCUGACCCCUGAGCCCCUGCUGCUUCAGAGGAUGGCCUGCGACAUCGCAUCCGGCCUGCUGCACCUGCACACACACCACUUCAUACACGGUGACCUGGCUUUGAGAAAUUGCCUGCUGACGUCCGAUGUCACUGUGAAGAUUGGGGACUAUGGACUCGCUCAAAGCAAAUACAAGGACGACUACUAUGUGACAUCAGACCAGGCCAUGGUGCCGCUGCGCUGGAUGGCUCCAGAGCUCGUGGACGACGUCCAUGGAAACCUGCUGGUGGCCGACCAAACCAAGCAGAGCAACAUCUGGUCUCUGGGUGUGACCAUAUGGGAGCUGUUUGAGCUGGGCAGCCAACCGUACCGCCUCUACUCGGACAGACAGGUGUUGAGCUACGCUGUGAAGGAGCAACAACUGAAACUGCCCAAACCCCUACUGAAGAUACCACUAGCCGAGAGAUGGUACGAGGUGAUGCAGUUUUGCUGGCUUCAGGCGGACCAGAGGCCCAAUGCUGAGGAGGUCCACCUGCUGCUCAGCUACCUGGUGGCCAAGAGUGCCAGCGAGGCAGAGGACGACUUUGAGCGCCGCUGGAACUCUAUGCGACCCAACACCAACGUGAAGUACCAGCACUGUGCAGACUCUCUGGCCAUGGAGAUGGGCGCCUCCUCUUCCUCCUCCUCCUUCCCCCUGCUAGAGCACUUCUCCGUGGCAGACAACUACCACUCCGACUCUGGCGGCGACGACAUCCUGACGGUGACCGAGACCAGCCACGGCCUCAACUUCGAAUACAAGUGGGAGCAGGCUCGCGCCGAGCAGUCGUCCUACCACCACUCGUCCUCCACGGGCACCCUGGGCCAGGGCAACCCGCUCUGCCAGGAGGUUUACUACCCCCCGGUGGUGGAGGCUCUCAGCCUCGGAGUGUCUCCAUCCUACUACGAGGCGAAGCAGCAGCCGCUCCACGGGGCGGGAGUCGUGCCGGUGCUGAGCGCUCACAGCCCCUCGGUGACCAGCGACUACUACAUCCGCAUCGAGGAGCCCACGGAGCGCAGCGUGAACGUGGACAUGGACUAUGCCAUGGUCAGCUACAGCCCGGAGUUUGGCGGCAGCAAUGGGGGCUUCCUGACCGGCGGAGGCGGCGAGGCGGAGGUGAAGCCUCGGGACUCCUCCUCCUACUGGGCCGCGGACGUCCACAAGAGCCACCACACCGGCUACGACUCGGACAACACCAGCCCGGCACUGUCCCUGACCAUGGAGCCUCUCCUGGGACAGGUGGCUGGCAGCAGCCCCCUCCGUCCCUGGGAGUCGGGACACUAUGUCUCCUACAAGGACCGGGACGGGGGCUACUACUACGAACACUCGCCCCCUAUCACCAUGGAGGGCUACAUCAUCGGCAAGCCGCCUCUGGACCAACACCACCAGGAGAGCUGGGGGUCGCGUAGCCUGCGGCGGGCGCUGGGGGAGCUGGACAACCCUCUGGGCAUCUCCCCAUCCAGCCCCAGCCGGCAUCGCUAUGGCGACCCACUGGGUAUCGCUCCUUCUGUCGACGACGGCCCUCGACAACGCCAGGGAUACGGAGACCCCUACCUGGAGACCAGCCAUCACCACCUGGAGACCAGCCAUCCGGCCUCCGCCAUCAUCGGGAAGAACGUGACGGGCGGCUACUACGACAUGAUGGGUUCUCUGAGGAAGACCAUGCCCAACGCCCACCAGGUCAGCAUCGACAUCGAGGCAGAGGGGGCGUUGUUUCUCCGCCACGGUGACAGCGACAGCGAGGAUGACGACGACGACGAAGAGGAUAUCUUUGUGGAGAGGCAGGCGCGCGGCUGGUCCGGACUCCCCACCAUCACCAGCAGCAGUGCCGCCGCCGUCACCAGCGCCAGCAGCGGAGUGUGCCGCAGACAAGCAUCAGUGUGCCAGCAGCAGGAUGCCUACAUGGCCUUCCACUACACCAUGCCCACCACAGACGUGGAGGACUGCUGGUCAGACGAGCAGAAGCUAGCCUACCACCAUCCUACUAAACCCAUAGACUAUCAUCAUCCGUCUAAACCCAUAGACUACCAUCACACUUCUAAACCCAUAGAAUACCUAGAACCCGCCACGGGGAAGGACAGCGGUUGCUUUGCACACGGUGGCCAUUACCCGCUGGUAGCCGCAGAGUGCAACCCGUACGUGUACAUAUGCCAUGAAGCCCUGCCACUGCCAGAGAAGGUGUUGCCAGUGGAGUGUUGCCAGGUGAUGGAGACGAGCCCGCACUUCAUUGAUCCGCUGACCGGCGCCGUGGUCAGAAACUGCUACAUGAAGGACUACGAGAAGAUUAUUGGGGCGGCGGCGCCCACGCCCAACGAGAUUAAGAAAGAGAACGUCAAAGAGCCGUCUAGCUCAAGUGGUGGCGGAGAGUCGACGACCGCAAAGUCGAAGGCGAACUCUGUCAAUAAGUCAACUCAGUACGAAAUCACCGAGCAAUAUGUGGAAAUCACUGUGGAGGAGCCGUCUGUUAAGGCAGCAGAGGAGAGUGCCAUUAAGGAGGACUCGCCGCCUACAGAGUCUCAAACUGUGGAAAUCACUACAGUGUCCCAAACUGUGGAAGUCCCAACCAGCCAUACAAUAGAAAAACAGAGUCCUGCCAUUGUUGCCAUUGUCCAGUCGUCAGAGCCAAACUCAGAACUGAGUCGCACGGCGGACAGCGGUAUCGAGCGGGGCCAGUCCAGCGUCAGCGUCAGCCUGGUGGAGAUUGACGACUGCAGCGACGAUGACAUCACAGACGUAACCUCUGCGAUCUUCGGUGACUUCACAGUAGACUACGUGGAGACAGGAGACUACGCCACCUCGGCCUCCCCUGCUCUCAAGUCGCUACAGAAGCAGGUGGGAACUCCAGACUCCAUGGAUUCUCUCAACCUCCUCUCUGCAACAGGCUCCAGUGAAGGCCUGAGCCCCGCGUCAAACCCAUCCAGCCUGAGCCCUGCGUCACACCCAUCCACCCAUCCUAAUGCCCUGGACAGCAGCAGCUUCGACAGCUCCCCGAAGACCAUGGAUAGUGGCUACGACAGCUCCCCUAAAGGCAUGGAUAGUGGCUUCGACAGCUCCCCCAAGACCAUGGAUAGUGGCUACGAUAGCUCCCCCAAGACCAUGGACAGCAGCAGCUACGACAGCUCCCCGAAGGUCAUGGACAGUGGCUACGAUAGCUCUACUAAAGCCAUGGAUAGCGGCUACGAUAGCACCCCUAAAGCCAUGGACAGUGGCUAUGACAGCUCCCCGAAGGCCAUGGACAGUGGCUACGACACAGAGAACAACGAGUCUCCCGAGUUUGUACUCAAGGAGCCUCACGAGUCACAGCAGGAGGCGAAAGGGGCCUUCACUCAGCAGGAGGCGAAAGGGGCCUUCAUCCAACAGGAGGCAAAAGGGGCCUUCACACAGCAGGAGGCGAAAGGGGCCUUCACUCAGCAGGAGGCGAAAGGGGCCUUCAUCCAACAGGAGGCAAAAGGGCCCUUCACUCAGGAGAUGAAAGGAGCGUUCAAUCAGGCGGAGGUAAAAGGUGCCUUCACCCAGCCUUUGGAGAAGCCGAUCAUGUCGGCGACAAGCUUGGACGAGGAGAGGGAGGAGAGUGACGAAGCUGCAGCGAGCUCCACUUCUCUGACAGCCUCGCAGAGUAGUGAAGGAGGAUUGGUCGCCCUCAGCCAAGACAUCCCGUACCGCGAUUCAGCUUACUUUUCAGACUACGACACAGAAGGUGACAAAGCACCCAGAGAAGACGAGAAAGAGGAAAAGGGAGAGUGUCAGCGCCAAGGGAGUUGUGAGGUAAUCAAAGAAAUCACUACUCCAGAGGAAAGCCAGGAAGAAAAAGAGGUCAAGGACGUGCACGGCAAAGAGAGUGAUGACUCACAGUUAGAGAUUCUUGAAACAGAGGAAACUGACUCAACUCCCUCUCCACCACCUCCUCUUCACUCUCCAGAGGAGAGUCAGGUCAAACUGACCUUGCCAGAUGGUGGGCCAACAAUAGAGGCUGACUCUGGUGAACAGCUGUUGUCUGAACAGUCUGCUGAUCAAGAGGAGCGAAGCUGCACCCCGAUACUCUUCUCUGAUGUAGUCUCCAAGGAGACAGAAGAAACAGAAGCUGCAGACAUUCCAUCUCAAUCUCAUGAUUUCAACGAGACAAACGAUACCAACGAAUCCAUACCUGGUGUUGAAUUGGAAGAUCAUGAGUUGGUACUAGAAUCUGAGGAAGUCGAAGGAAACACUGGAUUUCCGCUCAACCCACCUGAGAGAGACAAUAAGGAAGACACUAGUGACACAGUGAGGACCGCCUCACCAGACACAUCCUGCAACAAGGGCCAAGAGUCAUCAAGUAAUCAAGAAGCAGGAAGGGAGGUGCACUGUAAAACCUCCACCACUCGCACCUCCUCUCCUCCCCCGCCCCACUCUCCACUUGCGGGUCGCGUAUCACCUGCUGAAGGGGAGGAGGCCGACGAGGAGGAUGGCGACACUGAUGACAGUGACGAAUCGGACGAGGAGCUGCGCACCUACAGCGUGCAGGAGCAGAGCGAGGAGAGUGAGGACGAGAGCCACCCAGUGCCCAUCAUCAUCAGCGACUGCAGCGACGCCCACAACCUCCGCAGCCUUCUCAAGAGGCCCACUGAAGUCAACGACUCGUCUCUGGAUGAACCGGAGAGCAAGAAGAAGGUUGUGUCCUUCUUCGAUGACGUCACUGUGUACUUGUUUGACCAGGAGAGCCCGACUCGUGAGCUGGCAGAUCAAGACUUCCCUCCGGGGGCAGAAACCAGUAAGAAGGGGACACACUGCAAGAGGCCUCACUCACACGACAAGGUCAACGCCUCCGAUGACUCCUCCGACGGGAACAUCUCAGAAGAGAGUGCUGGCUAUGAGUGGGAGGAUGACUUCCCACUGCUGCCCCUGAAGACGUCAUCUCCCAAAUCUCCCAAGGCCCCUAAAUCCUCCCCACCACCGCAGCCAGCGGCCCCAAAACAGCCAGCUGUCUCCACGGAGACCAAGCCAACGAUCCAAUACUCACGCUUUACUGUCUCACCCUCCCCCAUCUCACGCUUCUCCAUUACCCAUGUCACAGAUUCCGACAUGGAAUCUGCAGGAGGGAGCAGCGAGGAUGGGGACAGAGAAUAAGUGGGCACCAUGGAAGACAAUAAGUGGAAAGAGUAGAUGCCCACACACACUGUAGCUCUGCUUUGAAAGUUUAUUCAGGUCACACAACGUUUUGUUUCACGCCUGAUGAAGUCCCUGUUGGGUCGAAACAUUGUAUGGCCUGAAUAAACCUUCAAAGCAGAGCUUACAGUCUUUCCAUUGUCAGACACGCCUUUGUCCUGCACCUGGCCUCAGCGAGGUGGGAUGUGCAUACUCUUACUCUUAAGAAGACAAUAAGUGGGCACCAUGGAAGACAGUAAGUGGGCAUCAUGGAAGAUAGUAAGUGGGCAUCAUGGGAGAACCGCCCCUUUCUCCUGGACUACCCGAUGGCUUUCCAUACCUGUAUAUUUUUGGCAAUGAAGUCUCACAGCCCAAUGCAGUCUCACAGCCCAUUCAAUGAGGUCUCCCACCCCUAGCGAUAACUUGACUUGAAGACUUCAAAUGGCUUCAGUGUUUGACAGCAAGGGGUAUCCUUUUGCAUCGCAUGUUGACCUGUUCGCAUAGACCUAAACCGCACCCUAACCCUACCCACCAGUGAAGCCAUGUUGCAGGACCUUUGUCUUUAGUUUCACUGCUGGAUGGCAAAAGCAUAUCCUUGGCGUCAAAUAUCGAAGCCUGAAGGUCAAAGAGUUGUAAAAUGAUGUGUCGGUAGGGGACCAUGUUGUUUUUGGAUGUCGGGCCAACUGCCUGGUGUUCUUCUAAGACAGUGCCUCUGAGUCUCAGCCUGCUGAUGUAUACACCCAACCCUGUUAUGAAGAAUAAUAUGAAGAAAAAACACAAACAAUACAGAUGGAAGUCGUUUCAUAUCUACAAAGACGUACCCAAGACAACAUCAACUAUGAGGACCUCUGAAAUCAUUUUGAAGAGAAAGACAAAAAAAAAAAAAACAUUUUACUGUGGCCUCGUUAUUGUUCUGAAAGAAGUCGUUAUACUUCAUGGAAAAAAUGAAACAAACCAUCAGGAUUUUUGUGAGUGUUCAGAAAGAUGGACGCAGACCGUUGUCAGUGUUCUGCAGAACUAAAGACACACUGGGAGAGAAAAACUACAAUAACGAAACUGCACCAAAGCCGAAGUGCUGUACCAAUGUCCCUCCCUUAGAGUUCUGGAGGACAGUGUUCUGACAGUGUAACACUGCAAUUGUGUCAUGAAAAAAAUGAACAAAGUUGUACAAGCUUCAUUGUCAUACUCAAAGCAGACUGUAUUAGUUUUUGGGGUAUUGUUAAACAGGGAGGGGGAAUGUUGUUGAAGAAAUAACAAUAAUAAUAAUAAUGAGUUAUAAUAAUUAGUUAAGUUGUGAAAACCUACAGCUGCCUUGUGAUUGGCCAUCAACCAGGAAGUAGCAAAAGUGCCAGGAUGAUGCAGCACUCUAAUCUGGCUAACCCCCAGUUUGUAAAAUGAUAUUCAAUGAAUUCUCAGACGUACACUGUAUUUUACAGACUUGAUUUUACA